UCAGCUCCAGCUCCGCUCCGGCUCUCUCCUCCAGCCUCUUGCAAGCAUGCUGUCCUCUCAGGUUAUUCUUCUGGUGGUGGCUUUCGCAGCCGUGGCCACAGCCUUCCCGGGAUUCGCGGGAUACAUCUCGGAGGCAGGAGGCCAUCAGGACAACCACUAUGCGUACCCGCAGUACGAGUUCAAGUACGGAGUGCACGACCCGCACACGGGCGACGUGAAGAACCAGUGGGAGAGCAGGGACGGCGACGUGGUGAAGGGCUCCUACAGCCUGGUCGAGCCCGACGGCUCGGUCAGGACCGUCGACUACACGGCCGACAAGCACAACGGCUUCAACGCCGUGGUCAAGAAGUCCGGUCACGCGGUCCACCCUCAGCAUGUGUCGCACUUCGGCCACGGCGCCUACUGAGCUGACUGCGACUGCCCCCGAUCCCUCCAGCCCAAGGAUGCUCCAGCCUGCUUCAGAACACAGACCGCGUUCCUUAACAUAACCAAGCUCGACCUUCUCCGAGAACUCAGGCUAAGACAACGUUGAUUGUUCGCUACCUCGCUGUACUACUACAAUAUUACCCAAUAUCUUUACGGUCUGAGGUCGUUUUAAAUUUUAACGAUGUGAUGACCUUACUAUUUGAUUGUGUUGUAAGAGUAUCCCUGGAUUUAUAUGUUUUGAUAUGCAUGUUGUGUUGCAUAUGUAAAUAAUUAUUGUAUGUUUGAUGUGUGUUUUGUAUAUAUUUAAUUGCCCUUCUUUUUAAAUGGACAUAUUCUGUGAUAAUAAAAAUAUCUGGAUUAAUAGAUGA